CUCGAUUUCCAGCUACCCAUCUCUGACUCUCUCUCUCUCUGUCUCUCUCUCUCUCUCAGAGCACUACAAUCAGAGAGAUAUUUAUUUGGAUAAAUCAGUAUCAGCAUGGCACCGGCUACUGCAACAGAGUGCUCAGAUUCGAUAAAGCCUAGAGAUGUUUGCAUCGUCGGUGUUGCACGUACACCAAUGGGUGGCUUCCUAGGCUCUCUUUCAUCGUUGCCAGCCACCAAACUUGGAUCUGUAGCAAUUGAAAGUGCUCUUAAAAGGGCAAAUGUUGAUCCAUCACUUGUACAAGAAGUUUUCUUUGGAAAUGUUCUCAGUGCCAAUUUGGGGCAGGCUCCAGCAAGGCAAGCAGCAUUAAGUGCAGGAAUACCAAAUACGGUAGUCUGUACCACCAUUAAUAAAGUUUGUGCAUCAGGGAUGAAAGCAACCAUGCUGGCAGCACAGAGUAUCCAGUUGGGCAUCAAUGAUGUUGUCAUCGCCGGGGGCAUGGAAAGCAUGUCUAAUGUUCCCAAGUAUCUGGCAGAAGCAAGGAAGGGAUCUCGACUUGGGCAUGACACUCUUGUUGAUGGAAUGUUGAAAGAUGGGUUGUGGGAUGUUUAUAAUGACUAUGGCAUGGGAGUUUGUGCUGAACUAUGUUCUGAACAUCAUGAAAUAUCAAGAGAUGCACAGGAUGCUUUCGCCAUUCAGAGCUUUGAACGUGGUAUUGCUGCACAGGAUGGGGGUGCCUUUGCAUGGGAAAUAACUUCAGUUGAAGUUUCUGGGGGAAGAGGAAAGCCUUCAACAAUUGUGGAUAAGGAUGAUGGUUUAGGAAAGUUUGACGCUGCAAAGUUGAAGAAGCUCCGACCAAGUUUCAAGGAGAGUGGUGGUACUGUCACUGCAGGAAAUGCAUCAAGUAUAAGUGAUGGUGCUGCUGCACUGGUCUUAGUAAGUGGGGAAAAAGUGCUUAAGCUUGGGCUGCAAGUGAUUGCCAAGAUCACAGGAUAUGCUGAUGCUGCUCAGGCACCAGAGUUAUUUACAACUGCUCCAGCCCUUGCAAUUCCAAAAGCUAUUUCAAAUGCUGGCCUAGAGCCUUCCCAAGUCGAUUACUAUGAAAUCAAUGAAGCCUUUGCGGUCGUGGCUCUUGCAAAUCAAAAACUGCUGGGACUUAAUCCAGAAAAAGUUAAUGUACAUGGUGGAGCUGUAUCUUUGGGGCAUCCUCUAGGUUGCAGUGGAGCCCGUAUUCUAGUCACACUUUUGGGGGUACUGAGGCAGAAGAAUGGGAAAUAUGGAGUUGGUGGUGUUUGCAAUGGGGGAGGAGGUGCAUCAGCCCUUGUUAUAGAGCUUGCGUAAUCCUUUUUCCAUAUUCAGCUAGUGACAACAGAUGGACGUUAGCAAGGCUUUUAUCUCCAUCGCCUUCCAAUUCAGAUGAUGGGCCAUUUUUCUGUUUUCAUUUUGUUUCCAGGUUUUUUUUUUUUCUUCAGCAAUAAAUGGAAUGCGUGUAGAUUCAAGAAGAAAUAAUAUACCUCAUGACUCUCUCUCUCUCUCUCCAACUCUUUUCCCAAAUUUAUCAUUUGCUACAUGAAAUCCCAAAAAUUUGUGUCAAAGUAGUUCUACUGUAUGGCAUAGCAAAUUCAACCCGAGUAAUGCUUCAAAAUUCAAAUGAAAUCUAAAAAUUUAUAAUCAAAGUACAUAUAAUCCCUUGAAAAAGUGGGUUAACAAGGGUGUAAUUAGCAAAGAAAUGUUUCGGAGAGUUGAAAAUAAGCAUAGAAAUAGAGAAUUUUUUUAGUAAGAUGUACUCGUUCAACACUCAUCUAUGGGAUAAUAUACAUUUGAAUUAUGUUUUUUGAGUUU